AGCCAGGUAGAUCGGUCGCCUAAUAAUCAGUGGAACGUGGAACCCUGGUUUGAUCCUGGUUUAUGUCAUCCCGCGUAUGAGAUAAUGGGUGGUACAUUUGAGCUGAAUUUAAUAUAAUAUCCAUCCCUGUGAGAAAACAAAUUCGCUAAUAUACAAAAUAUAUGGACGCGAUUACUUAACGCUGUUAUUUUCGGCUUUUAUUACAGUGAAUGUGCGUGAAGAAAUUGUUAUUUUAUCCAACUUGAGGAAUGUGGGGUUUAUUCCUUUUAAUUGGAUAGCCAAUUUUGUUGCACAUUUUUUCUAUUUAUUGUGAAGUAAACAAUUAUAGGAAGUGCAAUAGACAUGGUUUUCCAAAAUGGAUAUGACAGAAUAAGACAUAAUGUAACUAAUAUGACUGUGACACAAUCAAAAUUAUUUAAAAUAUGGUACUUUAAAACAUAAUUUACAUUACUAUUCAUGGAUUAAAGAUGAUUAUCAAAAAUAAAUCUUGUCGAAUGUGUAUCGGUUAAGUUAAUGUGAAUGUAAACUCUACUCAUCAAGAUGGCAAUUGGAAAUAUUAUCUGUGGUGCAAAUACUACACAAGUGAAAAAAAAGAAAAUUAAGACAACUGAACGCAAUUGGAUAGAGGCAACAUUUCAAAAAAGAGAAUGUUCAAAAUUUAUUCCGUGUGCGGAAGAUGAGCAUAGGUGUUGUUGUGGCAAUUCGUAUACUCAUCAUUGCGGAAUUGGGGCAGAUGUUCAAAGUUAUAAUCUUAAUACUAGCAUAGAAAAAGAUAGUGAACAAUGGUCUGUAGGAAAAAAUACUUGCGCUUUUCCCACCGAUGCGUAUGGUACUAUAGAAUUUCAGGGCGGCCCGCACCCUACAAAAGCACAAUAUGUAAGAUUGGCUUAUGAUACACGACCGGAACCAAUUGUACAGUUAUUAUGUCGAGAAUGGAAUUUAGGUUUGCCCAAAUUGUUAAUUACAGUCCAUGGUGGUCGAUCAAAUUUUGAGCUUCAAUCGAGUCUGAAAAAAGUUUUACGUAAAGGUUUAUUGAAAGCUGCUAAAACAACGGGAGCAUGGAUAUUCACGGGAGGAACAAAUACAGGUGUUACGCGACAAGUCGGCGAUGCUUUAUUGUUGGAACGUUCUCAACGACAAGGUCGAGUAGUAAGCAUAGGUAUUGCCCCUUGGGGAAUUUUGGAUAAAAGCCAUGAGUUAAUUAGUCGCGGUGGAGAAGUAUCAUACGAUUCUGUCUCCUCACCAUGGACUAAAUACACAGUACUAAAUAAUCGACAUGCUUACUUCUUAUUAGUAGACAAUGGUACUGGUGGUCAAUAUGGUGCAGAAAUUGUUCUUCGUAGAAGAUUAGAGAAAUACAUUUCAAAUUUAAAGUUGCAACCAUAUACACACAGCAGCAUACCUGUAGUUGCCUUAGUUAUCGAAGGUGGGACAAAUACAAUCCGCGCAGUUUUGGAGUACGUGACGGAUGAUCCACCUGUACCAGUAGUGAUUUGCGAUGGCUCAGGACGUGCAGCUGAUCUAAUUGCUUUUAUGCAUAAGUGGAGAGAUGGACAGACUGGUGAUGGAGAAGGACCACUGGAGGGUGUUAAGGAACAAGUUCUGGAAACCAUUAAACGCACUUUUCAAGUUUCUGCCGAACAAGCGAGCCAACUCUGUUCAGAACUCUUGCAAUGUACACGAAAGAAACAUUUGAUUACUGUAUUCAGGAUAUCGCAAGAUAGACCACAAGAACUUGAUCAAACUAUAUUGACAGCUUUGUUUAAAUCGAAACAAUUAUCACCAGCUGAGCAGCUGUCUCUUUCUUUAAUAUGGAACCGCGUAGAUAUUGCUCGAAGCGAAAUUUUUAUAUAUGGUCAAAAAUGGCCGCCUGGUGCUCUAGAACAGGCUAUGAUGCAAGCGCUUCAGCAUGACAGAAUAGACUUUGUGAAACUUCUAUUGGAAAAUGGAGUAUCCAUGCGGAAAUUUUUAUCAAUACCUCGUCUUGAGGAGCUGUAUAACACAAAGGAAGGCCCAUCAAAUACGUUAGGCUACAUUCUGCGCGAUGUACGGCCGAAUAUCCCACGAGGUUACAUGUAUACGCUACAUGACAUUGGUCUCGUGAUUAACAAACUAAUGGGUGGAGCAUAUCGCGCUCAAUAUACACGUAGAAGAUUUCGCGUUAUUUAUACGCAGGUAAUGAAGAGAUCUGGUGGUGGUUAUCAGCAAUAUAUGCACCGGAACAGUUGUGUUCCGAACAGCAAUAUACGCUAUUAUGCAAGCUCCAGUGGAAAGUCCGAUCAAAGUGUAACUGUGAAUCUGCUUACUGAAACAUCGCCAGCUAAUCGCGAUACUCCUCUCUUCCACUAUCCUUUUAACGAACUGCUUAUUUGGGCUGUAUUAACGAAGCGUCAGCAAAUGGCCUUAUUAAUGUGGCAACAUGGGGAGGAGGCGUUGGCUAAAGCGCUUGUUGCUCUGAAACUGUACAAGGCGAUGGCGCAUGAGGCAGCUGAAGAUGAUCUGGAAACUGAAGUUUAUGAUGAAUUACGUGGCUAUGGCAAAGAGUUUGAAAACAUAGCACUCGAAUUAUUGGAUUAUUGCUAUCGACAAGAUGAUGAUCAAACGCAACAACUACUAACUUCGGAACUUCAAAAUUGGUCAGGGCAGACAUGCUUGUCUCUCGCAGUUACAGCGAACCAUCGACCGUUAUUAGCGCAUCCCUGCAGCCAAAUUAUUCUAGCUGAUUUAUGGAUGGGUGGCCUUAGAACGCGUAAAAAUACUAAUUUAAAAGUGAUUAUGGGACUAUUUUGCCCUCUGUACAUAACGCGAUUGGAGUUUAAGAGCAGAGAAGAAUUGCAGCUAAUGCCCCAGACGCAAGAGGAACAUCUGAUAGCACUGGAAGAUGAGAAGGAAGACAGCGAUUCUGAACAGAGUACACCAGCAGGACCUGAUGUCGAGACACAUCUGCGCAGGAGCCUGAGCAUACGCAACAAAUCCAGCAGCCAACAAGGCGUAAAGGCUUUAAUUAGCGACGAGCACAAUACAACAAUAGUCAAGGAGACAAUUGUUCAAGAGAAUGGGAGAGUAUUAACAGAUAAUGACGAUGGAAUAUAUCGCGUUUAUAGUCUUCAAUCUGAGUAUUACGAUAAUAAAACAACCAGACCAUUAAGAUUAAGAAAGAAAUUAUACGAAUUUUAUACUGCUCCAAUUACAAAAUUUUGGGCAAAUGCUAUAGCAUAUAUUAUCUUUUUGCUUUUCUUUUCGUACUGCAUUCUGGUACAUAUGGAUGAUCAUCCAUCAUUAGCCGAAAUAUACGCGAUUGCUUACAUCUGUACGCUCGGAUGCGAAAAAGUACGCGAAAUCGUAAUUUCGGAACCUGUGAAGCUCUCGCACAAGUUUAGCGUGUGGGCGUGGAACAUGUGGAACCCAUGUGAUGCUGCUGCAAUCAUAUUUUUCCAAAUUGGACUGGCUUUACGUUUACGACAUUCAACUUUCGAUGUAGGUCGCGUCAUAUAUUGUGUUGAUUGUAUCUACUGGUAUUUACGAAUACUCAACAUCCUUGGUGUCAACAAAUAUUUUGGUCCUCUUGUGACCAUGAUGGGAAAGAUGGUUAAAAACAUGAUAUACUUCGUGGUACUUUUGCUAGUUGUAUUAAUGAGUUUUGGUGUAGCUAGACAAGCUAUAUUAAAUCCAAAUUCUGAGCCAAAAUGGCGCAUAAUACGAGACAUAUUUAUGGAGCCAUAUUUUAUGUUGUACGGAGAAGUGUAUGCCGAUAAUAUAGAUCCUGAUUGUGGAGAUGAACCGGGAAUGAUUCAGUGCCUUCCAGGUCGUUGGAUCAUGCCUGCUGCAAUGUCCGUGUAUCUUUUAGUUGCCAAUAUUUUGCUGAUAAAUCUUUUAAUUGCGGUAUUUAACAAUAUUUUUAUUGAGGUAAAUGCUAUAGCUCAUCAAGUCUGGAUGUUUCAACGGUUUACCGUCGUUAUGGAAUAUGAACAGAAGCCGGUGUUGCCGCCGCCGCUUAUAGUGGUUUGCCACAUAUAUUUACUACUGAGAUAUUUUCUAAGACACAUACAAGGUAAAAGUGGCACCGGUGAGACUUGCGACAAUGGAUUAAAAUUGUUCUUAGAGAAUGACGACAUGGAACGGUUGUAUGACUUUGAAGAGGAUUGCGUUGAAGGCUACUUCCGUGAACAGGAGCUCAAGUUACAAAUGUCUACAGAGGAACGCGUGAAAGUUACAACGGAACGAGUAGAGAAUAUGUAUCAGAAGGUUGAAGACAUCGAUAAGAAAGAAAGCACUCAGAAUGCAUCUCUUCAGGCAGUCGAGUUCCGUAUCCGCAAAUUGGAGGAAUUGAGUCAACAGACUGUGGCUCAUCUUGGAGUGAUUCAUCGUUUUAUGGCAACUUACAUGCCCAAUGAAGGAUUAUCCGGUUUAGAAACAUUAGACAGUGUUCGACAGCGUCGAGUAUCGGAACGAUCAGAGGCUUUCUCCGAAGCGGACUCUCACACGCAACUACCAACGGCCGCGCGGCGCAAAAGGCUUUUGCGAUCCUUUACCGAUGCCGCUUUCUUAAACGUCGGCCAUUUGACAGAGGACGACAAAAUAUCUGAGACUGUAACUUCUCGCGAUAAUCUAAGUAGACACGAUUCUUCUGCAAGUGUAAACGCUCAUGACGACGUCAAGACAACCAUAAGUUUGGAAACUGAAGGUAGUAAAAAUGUCCUCGAAGGCGAAGCAACCAGCAAAAAGGAAGCGCCGUACGAGAAAGGAAUAAGUCUGAAUACUAGUAGAGAAGUGAGCAGAGAAGCAAGCAAAGAAGUAAGCAGAGAAGUCAGCGUGGAAACUACUAGCAAGGAACAGAGCAAAGAAGUUAGUAGGGAGACUAGCAAGGAGGCCAGUAGCGAACAUCCGCCCUCAGAUAUUAGGCAAGAUUCCGCGGAACAUACGUACCGACAAGAUUCUACGGAGCGUAGUGCAUACAGACAGAAUAGUAAAACCCGAUCAGAACCCGACGAUAUCAUGUUGCUUCCUCCGCCCGGUAUCCAGAGAGGCGUGACUUGGGCGGAACCACGCGUGGCUGUAAUCCCGUCCUCGGUUACCUCGGCUGGUAGCGCCCAAAGAUCGAUCCUGCUGACGAUGCGCGCAGAGUACACGAGCAUAACGGACGAGCUCGAGAGCUAUUGUGGUUUAUUGAGUCCACCGCGAACGCCGCCGAUCUCGCCACCGCCAUCGCGAAUAUCGGAGAUCUCGAAUCCUGCGAUGGCCUGGCAGAUCGAGAACGAGCAUUUACGUAAUGCGGAAGAGUGCGACUACCAGCAGAUGGAAGAUCUGAUACAACGACGUUACUGCGGCAACGAUGACGACGAUGGACCAUCAUCAAACGCGCAUACGGACGAAGCCGUUGUGAGCUUCCUCGACAUGCCCAACGAGCAUCGUCAGUUGCGUCGAGCCUCUGCCAUCGAAGAGGAUUCCCGCCGGCCGCCGCCGACAAUUAGCGUAACACGCGAAAUCGAGCAAACGCUCGCGCGACCGACGAUACGUGACUCGGAAGCGACUGAUCCGAACGGCAAGAAUUUAAAUACCGUACCUGCCCCCGCCUCUGAAACUAUGUGUUAAAUAACGAAGAGAGAUAUGCGCUUUGUAUAAUUAUUUUUAUUCAAGUUCCAAAUAUUUAAUAUUUGAGACUCAAAAUAAUUGUCGCGUAUUAUCUGUUUCGUGAUCAUGUUUUUAUUAUCAGAUAUACUAUUUAUUGAUUUUUGAUAAUGUGAUUUGAUUGUUUUAUCAAUGCAACAGAUUUUGGACAAUUUUAGCAAUUAUAUAAGAAGUUAUAUAUAAUUAUAAUCUUUAAUAGUCAUUUCUCUUGUAACAUAUUAAACUACAGCCACAAGAUAUAUCUUCUGCAAGUUUUGACUUGGAACAAUUUAUCACGGGCUUAUAUGCUCAUGAUUUGCGAGAUAAUUUCGCAUAUAUGGCCUAAAUAGUAUUUUUUUAGCAAAUUAAGUAAUUAUGCAUUUUAUUGUAUAAUAAUGUGUAUUUUUAUCGAAUUUUACAUUAUGUUACUACAUUAAUGUUUUUAACAUUCUAUAACGAACGAGACGCAUGUAUAUAUGUUAUUAUCAUUGAUCUUUCAACGUAUUAUCGUAUAUAAUAGAAGUGUUAAAUAGAAGUGGAAUUUCUUUUGUAUUCUAAGAUUGUUUACUGCAUCUUAGAAAUUAUCUCUAGUGCAUCGAAUUAUAUGAAAGUCAUAUAUACGUACUGUGUUCUAGAAAAAAAGCAAUAUUGCCUCUACUUCUAUCAAUCAUUUGAUAGAUUCUGUGCAUUCAGAAUUGAUCCUUCCAUUCGAUAGAUUGUAACUUUGAUUUUAUAUACGCAUUUAUUUAGCUACAAAUAAUAUUGUAGAAUAAAAUAUUGCAACAAGGAUAAAUCCACUUGUAACGCUGACUGUGCAUAAGUACUUAGCGAAUAAAUCGCAUCUCACAAUAGUUUAUGCAUGGUUUAGAUAUAUAAUAUCGAUUGGGACUGUAUAAAAAGAAGAUAUUGUAAAGAAUUAGGAUUGUGAAAGAUAGGCUCGUUAUGUAAAAAUAAGUUGAGGCAAGUUACAGGACUGUAACUUUAUUAUCCUUACUGCCGAAUACUGUAAUCGAGAUAAUUUUUUGAGGUAUGUUUAGGGCCUUACACAACGCACUUUCUAUUGCGUUAGAUUUCAUGGACCAUUCGAAAGCAAACCAUAUCACGCAGAAGUUCUAGUGAACUAAGCCAGUCUGCGUUAGUACAAUUGCAUGUAUCUAAAAACAAAACUUUGAUAUAUAUUCCUGUAUCCUUAAAAUGCCUAAUAAUGUAUAUAUGUGUAUAUA